AUGCCUCCCAAGAAAUUCGUGUCGCUCGACGACUUUAUGGGCGAGGAAAAACCCAAGAAAAACCAGGUUCCUUCGCCUUUCGGUGGAUUUUACACGAAACAAGCUGACAGCAACGCCAGUGGUGCCAGUAACCAGUCGCAGAAGAAAACUCUGAACCAACAGUCGUCGUACCAGGCGCAACGGAACUGGAACGACGGUGGUCAGUACCACAACUCUCAGAGCUAUCAGAACUAUCAGAGCUAUCAGAACUAUCAGACGCCUCAGACGCCUCAGAACUAUCAAAACUACCAAACUCCUCAAAACUACCAGAACUACCAGAACUACCAAUCUCCCGCAUACUCGGCAACGUCCACACCUGCCACCAGCAACACCCCUACACCAACAACGUCUACCGCGUCUCUCACUUCUCUGACCACAUCUUUGGCCAAUUUGGGUGUCACUCCCAUCUCCGGUCCUCUAUCAUGCCUUCCACAGUGCGCGUCUCUGGCAGACUGCAAGCAACAAAUCCAGCUGGCCGUGGCAGAAUUCAACAAAGAGGGCCAUUCGGCCCAGGAUAUCACCAACUGGGAUGUUCCAAGCAUUAUCAGCAAGCUUCUGAAGCCCAAGAACGCCCCCUUGGUGCAAGAAUCGGCUAUGGUGUUGAUAUCGCAACUGGCCAGCAAUUUUGCCGGCAAUUCUCCUCAGGAAAUCUACCUGCUCCCAUUACUGCCAUCUGCUUUGGACGCUAUUGCUAGCAAAGAAAACUCGGUUAGACGCGCGGCUCAACAUGCCACUGACUCGAUAUUUGGUCUUUUCCCCAUUGAAGCUCAAACUUGCGUCGUGCUACCCAAACUGCUUGAGUAUUUGAGCUCAGGUGUUAAAUGGCAGUGCAAGUGCGCAGCGCUAAAGCUUGUCGACCGCAUUAGGGAGGAAUCGCCUAACGAUUUGCUCGAACUAACGUUCAAGGAUGCUGUUCCAGUCCUAACUGACGUGGCCACCGAUUUCAAGCCUGAAUUGGCAAAACAGGGACACAAAACAUUGCUAGACUUUGUGUCUAUUUUGGACAACUUGGAUCUUUCACCUCGUUUCGAGCUUAUUGUCAACACCUUGCAGGACCCGGCCAAGGUCCCAAGCUCUGUCAAGUCGCUUUCCAGCGUCACUUUUGUUGCUGAGGUCACCGAACCCGCUCUAAGUAUCCUGGUACCAAUCUUGAACAGAUCGUUAAAUCUUUCAUCAUCUUCUCAAGAGCAGCUCAGACAGACUGUCAUUGUCGUCGAAAAUUUGACCAGACUGGUCAACAACAGGUCUGAAAUUCAACAUUUCAUUCCUCAACUAAUGCCUGGGAUUCAAAAGGUCCUAGAUACCGCCUCUCUGCCUGAAGUUCGUGAACUGGCUGAAAAGGCAUUACAAGUUUUGCAAGACGACUCUCAAGACAACGGGAAAUUCCCCGGCAAAAUCUCUUUCGAAGAAGGUCUAAAUUUCUUGAAUGAAAGAUUAGUUCAUCUUACCGACAAGGCUUUGAGUACUGACAUUGUUUCCUAUUUGUCCAAGAUUUUGACUGUUGAUGCCAAUGUCAACGACUGGAAGAGACUAAAGGAAUACCUAGUCAUGGUUUUCGGGGAAGAGAAAGCUGAACAAAUCGAUUCUCAUUUCAUUCAUGAAUUGAGACAAAUUUUCCACCAGGAAAAAGCUCAAUACGACGAUGAAGGUAUUGAAAUUGUCAAUGCCGAUUUUUCUCUUGCUUACGGUUCCAGAAUGCUUUUGAACAAGACUACCCUCCGUUUGUUGAAGGGUCACCGUUACGGUCUAUGCGGCAGAAACGGUGCUGGUAAAUCUACGCUGAUGAGGUCCAUUGAUAACGGUCAACUUGAAGGUUUCCCUGAUAAGGAGACGUUGAGAACGUGUUUCGUGGAGCACAAACUUCAAGGCGAAGAAGGUGAUCUUGAUCUCGCUUCUUUCAUUGCAUUGGAUCCUAUCUUGAAAGAUGUUUCUCGCGAGGAAAUUUCGAAAGCUUUAAAAACUGUUGGAUUCGAUGAAGAGAGAAGAGCACAGACCGUCGGAUCUCUAUCCGGUGGUUGGAAGAUGAAGCUGGAAUUGGCCAGGGCGAUGCUACAAAAAGCAGAUGUCCUAUUGCUAGAUGAGCCUACCAAUCAUUUAGAUGUGGCAAAUGUCAAGUGGCUACAAGAUUACUUGCUGGAGCACACUGAAAUCACAUCCUUGAUUGUGUCGCACGACACCGGCUUUCUUGAUGCGGUAUGUACCGACAUCAUUCACUAUGAAAACAAAAAGCUCGCAUACUACAAGGGUAACUUGGCCGCAUUUGUCGAACAGAAACCAGAAGCUAAGUCUUACUACACGCUUACCGACAGCAAUGCCCAAAUGCGCUUCCCACCUCCUGGUAUCUUGACGGGUGUAAAAUCUAACACAAGAGCGGUUGCCAAGAUGACCGGUGUCACUUUCGCUUACCCAGGUGCUCCAAAACCUUCAUUGACUAACACAUCAUGUGCGCUUUCUUUGAGCUCGAGAGUCGCUGUGCUUGGACCUAAUGGUGCAGGUAAGUCCACUCUUAUCAAAAUUCUUACCGGUGAGCUCGUUCCUCAGGAAGGAAAAGUGGAAAAGCAUCCUAACCUUCGUAUUGGGUACAUCGCACAGCAUGCACUACAGCACGUAAAUCUGCACAAGGAGAAGACAGCUAAUCAGUACUUACAAUGGCGUUACCAGUUUGGUGAUGAUAGAGAAGUGCUACUGAAGGAGUCCAGAAAAAUUUCGGAACAGGAGAAAGACAUGAUGGCCAAAGAGAUCGACAUCGGUGAUGGUAGAGGUAGUCGUGCCAUUGAAGCAAUUGUUGGUCGGUCGAAGCUAAGAAAGUCGUUUCAGUAUGAGGUGAAGUGGAAAUUUUGGCUUCCAAAAUACAACUCUUGGGUUCCUAAAGAAGUGCUUCUAGAGAAUGGCUUUGACAAGUUGGUUCAAAAAUUCGACGAUCAUGAAGCUUCCAGAGAGGGUUUGGGUUACCGUGAAUUAACUCCAGCCGUGAUCACAAAGCACUUCGAUGAUGUCGGACUUGAUGCUGAAAUUGCCAACCACACACCCUUGGGCUCACUUUCAGGUGGUCAAUUGGUUAAAGUUGUUAUCGCUGGUGCAAUGUGGAACAAUCCACAUUUGCUAGUCUUGGAUGAACCUACUAAUUACUUGGACAGAGACUCAUUGGGUGCUCUAGCUGUUGCAAUUCGUGACUGGUCUGGUGGUGUUGUGAUGAUUUCGCAUAACAACGAGUUCGUUGGUGCCUUGUGUCCCGAACAAUGGAUUGUUGAAAACGGUAAGAUGGUUCAAAAGGGCAUCAAUGCCAUCGACCAAAGCAGAUUUGAAGACGGUGGGAACGCUAAUGCCGUUGGAUUGACGCCAAAAGCCUCUCCUUCGGUUGAUGAUGACGACUCUCCAGCUAAUAUCAAGGUCAAGCAGAGAAAAAAGAGGUUGACUAGAAAUGAGAAGAAAUUGCAAGUCGAAAGACGCCGUCUACGUUACAUUGAAUGGUUGAACUCUCCUAAGGGUACACCUAAACCUGUUGACACCGACGAUGAAGACGAGUAG